CCAAUUUAGCUGAUUCUCACAGGCAGAGGAGACCGCAAAACCCCAGAAGAAAUGGGCAAGUAGUCAUUUCUUCUGCCUGUGCUGGGAAUUCUGAAAUGGUGGAGAGCAAACGGAAAGCACAACUUGAUCAGCGCCAUCUAGAGACUUACUACAGAUUUCACCGCUUGAAAGACGCACUCUCACAUCAGUAUGCUACAUUACUGAAAGAAAAGGUCCAGAGACAAAGGCAAGAGAUGAAUCUCAAUGAUCCAGAUGAAUCCAAAGUUAUGGAAGGACAUAAAGAGAAGAAGAGAGCAACCAUUCAAAGGUUCACCAGGUCAACCCUCACCCAUGAUGACACAUACUUGAGGGCUCUACCUAAAACGCGCCACUACCUGGUUCUGGAACUGCAGAGACAGCUGACCCGACUCGGGUGUCUCAAGAGCCGUAAGGAGCAGGAGGUGUUCAGGGUCUGGGUGGAGCAACAUAGAAACAAAUAUCAACUAGAGAAGCAAAUGCAGGCAAUGGAGCUCCAUAGUAAUUCUAGUCCAUGUGUGACUCUUGAGAGUUUAUUGAAGCAGAGGUCUGGAACUCCACCAAAACUUCAGAUUUCACCUGAUGACACCACAGCACAACACAAGCACAUGCCAGUCUCAGUAAGAGGCAGUGGAGGAGGUGCCAACUCUUGCCAACCUCAGGGCAAACAGAGCUGGGGACAGAGUGAGACUGAGCUCAUGUUUCCAGAGGUCUUCACCCGAGAGAUUAAAGUACCAAAAUUUUCAUCUCUGCACUCCACCUUUUUAGAAAAGUUCAGCACCAGCAUGCUUAUUGUGAGAAGCCAUGAGCCACCAGUCAAGUCAAAGACCACUGGCAUAACACAACACAAAUUGAGACUUAUGCACAACCUCUCGCUCUCUCACAAGGCUGACACCCAAAGAAUAAUGGCCAAGAAUGGACUCAGUCUGCAAAUCACAGAUGGAUUCAGCAUCAAAGAAUUGGUUAGUGAUACACAAAUCCAACUCUUAUAA